AUGUGGAAUAUUAAAGGUGAUGAAGAGAAGGCAAUCGAAUGCUAUCAACUGGCGCUGAAAAUUCGUUUAGAAAAAUUUGGAGCAAACCAUGCUGUUGUUGCUGCCACUUACAAAAAGCUGGGUGAUGUAUAUAUUGAUUUGGAUGACGAAGAGAAAGCUGAAGAAUAUUAUCAACUGGCCGAGCAAUGCACUACGAAUACAAUUAAAACAAUAGGACAAAACCAUAUUGACGUCUCUGAUGCUAACGAUAGUUGGGAUAGUGUGAGCUGUAAAAAAGUUUAUAAUUUUUUUCACUAUGUGAUUAACAAGAAACGUCAAGUAGUUCGUGCACGAAGAUUCACAGUCGUUCUUGGUCUUCACAACAGAUCUCAGGAGAACGAGACUCAAGUUAAAGAGAUGCACAUUGGUCAGAUAUUCGAGUAUAGGGAUUAUAAUCCAACCACCUUCCAGGCUGAUCUUGCCUUACUACGACUGACCCACCCAGUUAUUAUGAGUGACUUUGUUAAACCAAUAUGUCUUCCAGAUACCGACAGUAGUGACGAUGUCAUCAGGCCGGGUGCUCGCGGUGUUGUGGCGGGUUGGGGCCGAGCAUCAAGCACCAAGCUCUUUCCUAACAUCCUCCAGGAGGUUUGUCUUCCCGUCGUCGAGACAUCGGCGUGUCGUUGUGCGUUCGCUGCGGAAGGAUAUCCCGUAACAGGAGAUAUGUUCUGCGCGGGGCCUGCAGACGGGGGGAAGGACGUGUGUAAGGGUGAUUCCGGGGGUGGGUACGUAUUUCAAGACCCAGGGGACGAAAGGUGGUUUCUAGGUGGGUUAGUGUCGUGGGGGAGUAGCGAGGGAUGUGCGCUGCCUAAUAAGUACGGCGUGUAUUUGAACGUGAAAGAUUAUAUGGAGUGGGUAGAAGAUCGAAUAUACCGAUGAAGUUUGUGCAAGAUUUUCUCACGAGGACACAAAAAUUUCGACUAUCAUAGAAUAUUAUCGUAUUUCGCAGUUAAUGUAGUUUGUGAAUAGACAUUUUUUACAAAGUUCUCAGCGAGGAUUUCAACUUGGUUUUAGUCGA